CACAUAAACUUGCAAUGGCAGCUAAAUUAUUCUAUCAACUUUUCGGAGCAUUUCUCACGUUUCUCCUGUUGCAACCUUUCCUAGUGAAUUCGAGGCCUGUAUCACUCGAAUCUCAUCGAAAUGACGAGCAAGGCCCAAGAAGAAGCAGCGGUAGCCUGGACGACAUCGGCCGGGCGACUCUCGAUAGCCCGUUCAAUUUCGAAGCCAAGCACGCCCUUUCCAGUGGGAAAUGGAUGCACUCCCCGUUGACCUACGGUUACACGUCCACUUCCUCUACUCCGCCGAAUCUAGAUGUCAACGCGGUGGCCGCCGCCAUCGAUGCGGCAUUCCGAGAAUGGCAACGCUACGUCCCGAAGUUCGGGUUCCAAAGGAUAUACCCGGGCGAGAAUGCCGAUAUCAAAAUCUCGUUCACUACACUGAACACACCGAAUUAUGGUUUUGGCUAUUAUCCACCUAAUGGGACGCUUCUCCUUGAUAUUGACCACACGUAUUGGAGUGUUAAAUCUUACCCCAAUUCGUACGAGCUGGAUUUGAUGUCCGGAGCCUUGCAUGAAAUAGGGCACACUCUCGGCCUUGAGCACACUACCGAUCCAACUGCAGUCAUGUUUCCUACUCUUACUUAUGGAACUAACAAAAGGAGCCUUGCCCAAGACGACAUUUAUCGCAUCCAGACUUUAUAUUAUAGUACUCCCCUGUCACUCGAGUUAGCUAAAUCUAUAUAGCUUUCAAGGCCUUGGGAAGCUUGUUUUUAUCGCAUUAAAUAAGUGAUUAACACAUUUAGAAGUAUCAGAAUAAGAACGGACAUGUAAGCGUACGUAAAGCUCUUGUUGCUCUUGUAAUGUGUUGGUGGUGACUUUGUAUUCUGCUGGUUUGGUUUUGCCAACAAGCUUUAAGUUGCUAUAUUUAAUCUGAAUUAUUAUC